GGGGCUCGCGGCGUUUGCGUGCGCGUGCACGCAAGGCAGGUGCGCGCAUAACGCGCACGCGCGGCAGUCGGUUUCGUUGCGGGCGGGCGGACACCCGUCCCUGGAGGCUCCGAAAGUCACCGGAGGCGCCGGCGAGAGCCGGAGUCCGGCAUUCGGGGCCCAGGUGCUGUCCCGGUCGGUUUAAACCCGGUGUCGGCCCACCGUCGAGGAGGAGGAGGAGGAGGAGGAGGAGGAGGAGGAGGAGGCGGCGGCGGCGGCAGCAGCAGCAGCAGCAGCAGCAGCAGCAGCUUCUUCCCCUCCUGCCCCAUCAACAGGUUGGAUCGAGAGUUGGGAUCAGUUCGGCCGGCUGCUCUGGAAGUUUGUCCCGGCCCUCGGGCCUAGGCCGGGAGUGCGAGCGGCUGCAGGCUGCUAAGCAAAACCUAAAUCAAUGUGGGACAGAAAGAAGCAGAUGAAAUGUGGAAAUUCUCCCGGAGUGAUGCUAGUCUCAGUUUAAGUAGACUGGAAUGUGAAGUUCACGUCAAAAAGUACCUCUAUCAUCAUUAACAUGAACUUUCUGAGAAAGAACCAAAUUUUAAGUACAGGUUCCAGAUACAAGUAAUUUAAGGACACAAAUUUCAGUCAUGACUACCUCGCAUAUGAAUGGACACGUUGCAGAUGAAUCGGAUAAUGAUGCUAAGAACUUGGACCUUUCUUCUCAUGAUGAACCAUUAAGACACAGAGAAAUGGCUGUAGAUUGCCCUGAUGAUUUGGGUUCACGAACCAUGCCAAUACGCAGAAGUGCUCAAUUGGAGAGGAUUCGCCAACAACAGGAUGAUAUGCGUCGUAGACGAGAAGAAGAGGGAAAAAAGCAGGAGUUCGACCUUAAUUCUUCCAUUCGACUGAAGAAACUGGCACAAGUUCAGCCUAAAGUGGGCAUUGAUAAUCCAACAUUUGAUAAAGAAGAGGACUUUAUUUUAGAGGGACCCAGCAAUGCAGUUAAAGUUCUUGAGGUAGAUGAACUACUGUCUUCUCUAAAACAUAUCCAACACAACCUGGUUGACAGUCAGAGUCAGGAUGAUGUGGCACUCAUUUUGCAGCUGGUUCAGAACCGGGAUUUCCAAAAUGCCUUCAACAUUCACAAUACAGUAGCAGUUCAUAUGCACAAGAUGAGUCCACCUUACCCUAUAAGCUCCAAUGCACAGGAGCUAUCCCAGGAGGUACAAAAGAUUUUGACCAUUAGUCACCAAAAGGAUGGACAGGAACUCGGAGCUCUUCUUGCUUCACCACUCUUCGAUGCACUGCUUCUAGCUCACGAUGGAGUGGCUCAACAGGAAAUGCUUUUGGAAUCGAAAAAUGAAGACAGUAUUUAUGAGAGAGUAGCACAAUAUGGAGGAGAAACUGUGAAAAUUGUUCGUAUUGAAAAAGCACGUGAUAUCCCCCUUGGAGCCACGGUACGUAAUGAUCUGGAUUCUGUGAUCAUCAGUCGAAUAGUGAAGGGUGGUGCUGCAGAGAAGAGUGGUGUAUUGCAUGAAGGAGAUGAAGUUCUUGAAAUAAAUGGAAUUGAGAUUCGUGGAAAGGAUGUUAAUGAAGUGUUUGACUUGCUGGCUGAGAUGCAUGGUACACUGACAUUUGUGCUGAUUCCCAGUCAGCAGACCAAGAUUCCUCCUGCUAAGGAAAUGGUGGUGCACGUAAAAGCCCACUUCGAUUAUGACCCCUCGGAUGAUCCUUAUAUUCCUUGUCGUGAGUUGGGGCUAUCUUUUCAAAAAGGAGACAUACUUCAUGUAAUAAGUCAAGAAGACCCUAACUGGUGGCAGGCUUAUAGAGAUGGAGAUGAAGACAAUCAGCCAUUAGCUGGGCUUGUUCCAGGGAAAAGCUUCCAGCAACAAAGAGAAGCCAUGAAACAAACAAUAGAAGAAGACAAGGAACCUGAAAAAUCAGGUAAGCUUUGGUGUGCUAAGAAGAAUAAGAAGAAGCGAAAGAAGGUGCUAUAUAAUGCAAAUCGAAAUGAUGACUAUGACAAUGAUGAGAUCUUGACAUACGAAGAAAUGUCACUGUAUCACCAACCUGCAAGCAGGAAGCGGCCAAUAGUUUUGAUUGGCCCAGUAAACUGUGGCCAGAAUGAACUGCGACAGAAGCUGAUGGAAAGAGAAGCUGAUCGUUUUGCUCCAGCAGUACCCCAUACGACACGCUCCAUGAGAGAUAAUGAGGUGAAUGGACGUGACUAUCUGUUUGUGGCACGUCAGUUUUUUGAAGCUGAUAUUGCAACCAACAAAUUCAUCGAACAUGGAGAAUAUGAAAAAAAUUUGUAUGGUACCAGUAUUGAUUCAGUACGACAAGUGAUCAACUCUGGGAAGAUAUGCUUGUUAAAUUUACAUACACAGUCACUGAGGAUUCUGCGCAAUUCUGAUUUAAAGCCUUACAUAAUCUUCAUUGCGCCACCUUCCCAAGAACGAUUGCGUGCAAUGCUCACCAAAGAGGGGAAAAAUCCUAAGCCAGAAGAUUUACGGGAUAUCAUAGAAAAGGCCAGGGAAAUGGAGCAGAACUAUGGACACUAUUUUGAUGCAGCAAUUGUUAAUACCGACUUGGAAAAGGCUUACCAGGAGUUAAUUCGCCUCAUAAACAAACUUGACACAGAACCUCAGUGGGUCCCAUCUUCGUGGCUUCGGUGAAGAACAAAGAACAGGACUUUUUUAUGGUGAUUUAUCAGAAAGUGAUUAUUAAUUCGAGCAGUAGAGUGUGAAGUUGGUGGGGGGGGGGGGGGGGCUUGGGAAUGGCAGGGAUUAACUAUUUGACAUUCCAGUUUAUGCCAGAAAUUGGCAGUAGAAAUACUUGUAUAAUUACUAUUAUGGAAACUAUUUAUAAUGUAAAUAUAGAUACACUUCUGUCAUUAGCUAUCUUUGAAUCGCACUGUACAUAAUUGUGUCUUCUGACACUACAGAUUUAACCUUUUUAGGUGCGGUAUUUUUAUUUUGUGUAGGUUAUAGCCUUGAUGCGCAAUAGUUUGUGACAAGCACUGUUCCAGGUCUUUUUGUGAGGAAAGUAUGCAGACGACAAGACUAUAUUUUUUAUGGAAAAUAGAAUUCGUGAAUUCCAUGAUAGAUUUUUUUACAUUAUAAUAGAUUAUGCUUCCUCCUAACAGAAAAACACUAGUUUUGGGCAGCUUAGGGGCUUGCUCAGUUGAAAGACUUGAUAAUUUGUUUUUAAAGAGUGUAUAUGCGUGAACCUAAUUUGUGCAGACUAAUACCUUGUCUCUAAUGAUCAGAUAGUUUGAUCAUAGACUGGAAUAGAAUUAUUGAAUGUAACUACUGUACAGAAAGUCAAUAAUUGGCACAGCAGACAUCCUAAGCAGCUGCCUUUUCAAAAAGCAAUCGUCAAAUGUGAAUGUCUUAAGUUAAAAUGACUAAGAGUCCUGGUAAAAUCUUUUUCAUGAAAUCUUGAUUAGUGAUGACAUUUCUCUCUCAUUUUUGAGAAUAGUUUUUAAACACUGGAAUUUAAUGACACUGUUUCUGGCAAAAAUUCACUGAACAAUUUUUGAAUGAUGCAUGUUUUAAUUUUUUGUUUUUAUGCAAAUGAUUUUUCCAGUAUUAAACAUAGUGCAGAGACAUUGAAGAUGGUGCACUUAUGCCUAUCUGUUUGUAUAAAAGCAAAGCAGCAUCUAUGAAAAGGUUAAGUGUUAAUAGCUGUAGAAGUAAUCGGGAUAUUUAAUUUUAUUGAUGGUCAGCAAUAGAUAGAUAUCUGGGUUUGAUGACAUGCCAAAUGCUAUGUACAACCUUCAUGCUUUUGAAGUUCAUUGGGCAGAUGUUUGGAUGUGCCAUGUUCAAAUUAUGCAUAUUUUAACAUUAGGAAUCUAUCCAUAUUCAGGGUACGGCCUCAGCUGGCAAUAUAUCUACACUCUAAUUAUAGAAAUUAUUUUAAGACACUUGACCACACAGAAUAAUGUAAAAGUGUAUUUGUAGAUUUUCAAUAAAACAAAUCACUCCUGCCUGAUUUGGAGCUCAUCAAAGUGAUCUGCAUUUUUUAAUGUCUUGGAAAGAUCAGAAAGUGCAUUGGUGAGAUUACAGCCAUCCAAGACAUGAAGGUUUGAUACUUAAUUAUGAAAGUUGAAAGGAUUAAGAGAAUUUUGAACGCUAGAACUGUCUAUCAGAAUGUUUAUCAUUAUCCUGAGGUUCACAAAUUCCAUGAGCCAAUCCUUUUGGGUAAGGAGAACAUUGUUAAUGUCUAAAGUUGAAUUAAUUAUUUAAAUGUUUGAAUGUAAAUGUUAUCUUACUCCCAAUUUAAUAAGUGAAUUUAGGUUGCCUGGUAUUACAGAAUGUUAAUCUUAUUAUUCAUGAUAUAAAACUCUUAAAUUAGGUGUAAUCGGCAGAGACACGAUGAACUGUGUGCUGCAUCAUUUGGUGAUUUGAGAUUAGCUGUUUCAUUCGUACAUAGCAAGUUUGCACUAGAUCUAAGUACAAGUUUGUUUUAACAAAGCUGUUUCAAAAAGCCUGAGCUUGUUCCCAGCAGUCAAUUCCCAGUGUUUACUGCCCACUGCCAAUCUAUAUCAGGAGUGAUAUUGUCUGACAUUUCAGUAACUCCUUCAUCUUGUGAACCUCCUGGCUCACUCUGACAUAGAACCUGCAUGCUACAGUCAUCAGUACAUACAUCUCAACCUUGGAAUGAAAUGAUCCUCCUCAGGACUCCAAUGCUAAGGCUGGAAAAGACACAAUCCUCUGGUAAGGCAUGAACGACAAGUGGGGAAAGCUAACUUCAUUGGAGUAAUCUUGGGACAAAAUGCUUGGAGCAUAGUCUUGUCAUAACUAAUGUCUUUUUUAACUAGAGACUAGCAAAAGAUUCAUUGCAAAGCCUUUGCUUCAGGCGUAUUAGAUUAUGAUGCCUUUAUCUGAACAAAAAAAACCCUAAGGGCAUUGAGAUCCCUUGCACCAAGGCUGGUAUUGAUGACUGUUGGACUGACCGUGGUCAAAUUCCUUUUAUCUUCAGCCUAACCCCAAAACAAUGACAGAAACAGGAGCGAUGCUGGAAGAAAAUAAACAUGGAAGGUUUUAAGAAUCUCAAAAUGACAACUCUUCUCAGUUUGUCUUCUGGAGCCUUGAUAACCCCCAACCAACAGGAUGUUUGCUGUGCCCACAAUUUCUGGAUUUCACCAUAAUUAGUACCUGUAAAGAAACUUUUGGUUUGUCCAUCAGAAAACAAAACUAGUUGAGAAUAAAUGAGUGAUCCAGGACCUCAUUAACCACAAAGACAAGUAGUUUUUUGGAUUUGGAAAAUCCAUAAGAUCGCAAGGGAAAUCUAAUGGUUCAAGUCCAGCAGUUGGGUGGACAGAGCACAGAAGGUCCAGCAAAAAUGAUUGACAAAGAGACAUGGAUGGUUUCCCAUAUCUCUAGGCACACCAAUAAUGAAAUUAAGCCUUGCCUUCAGUGUGCUUGCACAGCACUUGGCUGAGAGAAGGAAGAGUAUUUGAAGAUCAAGACCUCAUCCCUGGUGCCGAAGUUCAUGUUCUGCCAGGCAGGAUCGCUCCAUGCCCUCCUGUUCCAAGUCGUAGACUACCCACAACAGAGACCUCAAAACACUGGAAGGAUAUCACCAAUGCUGUAUCUGUAAAAAUCCUCCCAAAUUUAAUGGCUGGACAAGGGAACCAACAUCUGCAUUCCUAUCCAGACUAACUUUCCCAGCACUGAAACCCUAAGUAAUCUCAGUUGGUUCUGUUGAACAGGCCACAUUGUUUGCAAGUCUAACAGCAGACUCCUGAAAUGGUUAACUCCAUUUCUGAAUAAUACACAGCAGGACGGGAGAAUAUUGAAAGGCUUUUCAAAGCCUUGGAAAAGGUGUAACGUCCCCAGUGACUUGAGGAAAUCUCUGGCCCAUGACUAUUCAAAAUGGAAAUGGAACAUUUGAGAUCGCAGUGAGAAUUUCAAGUCCAUUUGGCAGGAGCACACAAAAGUGCAGUGUUAAAUGACAGGGGUACACCACCCCCCAUCCCAUGGGUGGUAGACUCUAGAGGUCUCAUCCCUAUAUAGAGGCCUCAUCAGCCACUUUACAACUGGAGCAGAAGCCACACCUGAUUCCAAGGGAGUGCCAAGAUGAGUACAUGAGGUGGUAGUCAUGAGUACAUCUCAAUGUGGCUCAAAGGAGAAUGAUGAGAAAAAAGUGGAGGCUCUUCCUAUCUACAUUGCUUUUCCAGGGUCCAGGCUGGGUCAAAUUCAGGACAACAAAGGUCAAGGACUUGUGCUAACAAACAGGAAGGAGAUGCUGUAAAUCAUGGGUAUGAUGUACAUAAAAAUAUAAUCAUCAGUGAACACUGGACUGAGUUUGCAUUCAAAUUCAUCUAGAAUUAAAGUGAAGCUCAGUUUGCAAGGGAACUGUAGACAGGUUAUCAACUAAAAAGGUGGGGAAAGGCUCUUUCAAGUGAUUGCAAGAGUGACUUUGCAUUCAGUCACUGCAAGUACAUUUAAAUACCAAAGUUGUAAUCUAAAGUCAAAUGUAAAUUUUGUAUCAGUGCACAAUGUGUUAAAUCUUUGGUAAUUUGUAUCUGUAUCAUUUGCUCAGUCUUAAUAGGGACUGAGCAAAAUGAUACAUAUAAAACAAAGCAAGCCUGACUAGUUUUCUUCUCUCAACAACCCCCCCACCCCCCCCGAAUAGGUUUAACAAACAACCAGCUAGAGGCUACUUUACAAUACAAUUACCCAAAUAUCUAAUUCCAGCGUCCUGCUGGAAAACAGUUUUCCAAGAAUAGUGGUUGAGAACCCAUGGAUUUGUAUCGCUUACUUGUCUCUGCCAUUAGCUUAAGUUAGUUACCUUAGAAGUCCACAGAUCUUUUACCCAAGAGCCAAUUUCAUUUUAUUUAUAUACAAUAAAUCUAGCUGUACAAGGAUCUAAUAAAUUGAAUCUUGCCCCUCCUAUAUGAUGUAGCUAUUGUGAUUAAGUAAGUAAACUUUUUCUUUAAAAACAAAGGGCUUACUUGCCAGCUAGAGAAACAAUUCAAGAAUAUGCACAAAGCCUCCAGGGAAUCUCUGGCCUAUGAUCACUAGAGGUUCUGAAGGCAAUCCUGAAUGCUUCAACUUGACCUUAAGGCCAUGAAUUGGAAGCACUAAAAGGCCUUACCUAAGUGGCAGACCACCUCAAACUACUCAGCUGUCCAUGCUCUGUCACUAUCUACUGCCACCUCUCCACCCCAUCAAUGGAAGACUCUGCAGUUUGAGGCCCACAUUGGCCUCACUAACCAACUUGGAAACCAAGUGGAAGUAGUCAUCCUCACUCGGGCUGCCCAAACAGAAAAUACUUGUUUCCUAGGUUAGAGAAAAGAAACAAGAAUUACCUAUUUUCUUAAUUCCAUGCAGCUAUGCAGGACUAAAUUUCAUGUGAUUUUUUUUAAAAGGUAUAAAAAGAGUUGUAAACUUUUAUUUCCUCAGACAAAAAUCCAGAUACUGAAAAUGAAAUGAGAUAUUUUUCUGCGAUUGGCAUGCAUGGUGAUUAAAACUGUGUGCACUCUUCCAAAUUUUAAAUUGGCAACCUAAUAUGUAACUAAUCAACAAAAUGUUUAAUGUUCUAACAUUUUCUAGGGAAGGUUUGGAAAACUAUGUACAAGAUGAGGAGUGCGGAGGAACAAAGAGAUCUGGGAAGAACAAAGAGAUCAGACUAGAAGGGCCGAAUGGCCUGUUUUCUGUGCUGUAGUUUUUCUAUGGUUCUAUGAUUGAAGAAUUAUUUUAAAUUGAGAUGCUCAAUUUUCUGAAAGCUCUGCAUCUUAAAGGCAGUAGCGAAAACACA